AACCAAAACAGUAGAGUAGCAGGUCUCUCUGUCUCUCUCUCUCUAGGUUUCCGUCAAAGGCAAAAUUUUAUUUUUGGUCGGAUCAAAGGCAAAAUCGAACACUUGCAGUUUUUGCCGUUUCGAGUCUCUCUCUCUCUCUCUCUCUCCCCUCAGCCUGCGAAACAAAACUCUCUCUCUCUCUCUCUCUCUGCUUCUCUUCUUAAUAUUUACUGCGAUGAUGACUGGGUAACAGUCCCGUAUCCGAGUCUCUCUGUCAGCAGAGCGAGAGCGAGAGAGAGAGAGAGAGAGCUGAAAUGGCGAACAAGUGCGUCGAUUUAUCGGGAGCAAACGGACGCAGUAUCAUCACGAGCUGCCGUUCUUCCUCGUCCUCGACCGGCAUUGUGAACGCGGACAUGGGCUCUCUCUCUCUCGCCGCUGCCGCCGCCCACCACGGCCUCGCCGAUCUCCUGGGGACGACGACGACGACGAGCAGCGAACCCAUUGAUCACCGGAGCAGGAAGGUCCACAGCAGCAACAGUGUCAGAGAGAGCAACAGCACGAGCGACGAGCACGACGGCGGGAAGGUCGACGGAGAAGCCGGCGGCCAGUCGAAGCUCUGCGCCAGGGGCCACUGGAGGCCCGCCGAGGACACCAAGCUCAAGGAGCUCGUCGCCCUCUACGGCCCCCAGAACUGGAACCUUAUUGCAGAGAAGCUCGAGGGCAGAUCAGGGAAGAGCUGUAGGCUGAGGUGGUUCAACCAGUUGGACCCGAGGAUCAACCGGAGGGCGUUCACGGACGAAGAGGAGGAGAGGCUGAUGCAGGCGCACCGGGUGUACGGAAACAAGUGGGCGAUGAUCGCCCGGCUCUUCCCCGGACGGACCGACAACGCCGUGAAGAACCACUGGCACGUCAUUAUGGCCCGCAAGUACCGGGAGCAGUCCACCGCAUACCGGCGGAGGAAGCUCAGCUUGUCCCAGUCGCCGUCGUCCGGUUUCGCCAGGCUGGACGAAACCCCCGCCGGCCAUCACGAUCGGGACGACUAUGACGACACACCUGCGAGGACGGAUUACGCCGUGUCGUUCGGUAACGUUGGGGUGUCACAUUGGGCAAUCGGGAUGACGGCAUUCGAUCAUCAUCAGCAUCAGCAUCAGCAUCAUCAUAUUCUGGGGUUGAAUCAUGGGUCGAGCCCAACAAGCAAUAAUGGAGAGGGACUGGCGGUUCAGAAUGGAUUUGAUUUUCUCGCCGGUCGGGACGGCAACGACGACGAUAUGACGACAAGCUUGUUCAACCACCAAACAAAACCCUGCGCGAACCCAUACGGCGCUUGUCUCCACCCACCCCCGUGGCCGCCGGCGGCCGCGAGCCAGCCGCCGGACGAGGACCGCCACGUGCUCAGGGACCCGUACGCCCAGUGCUGUUGCUCGGGCACGGUCGCGUCCAUGAUGGCCCAUCGAGUUUCGCCGCCACCGCCGCCGGAAUCUGAAGCUCCGUUGCCGCCGCCGGCCUCGCCACCAUUCAUUGAUUUCCUCGGGGUCGGAGCCACGUGAGGCUGGAGUUCAGAAAAGAGAAAAGCUUUUCUUCUGAGAAUGGCCUGGUGGUUGGGGAAUCGUCAGUGAGGAC